AUGUUUACUUUCCGCCGUGAGAGUACGGUAACAGGUGAGGCGGCCCGGCCCGAGAGUUGCCCUUUGUCUGGUACGGGAGGAGUCACAGGACAGCAGACCCGCGCCCUCGCCCCCGCCCCGGCGCCGAGGCGCAGUUUUUGGGACCGAGCCGCGCCGGGCGUCGAAGCGGCGCCGCCCCUGCCGCCCCCGCGCGCGCCCCCGCCGCCCCCGCGUUUCCGCGAGGCCCGCGGGCUCCUGCAGCAGCGCCGCCGCCGCCGCCGCGCCGCCCCCGCGAGCAUAACAACGAAUGCGAUGAGUAAAUGCAUCAGGAGGGAGGAGGAGGAGGAGGAGGCAGCGGCGGCUCUCGCCCUCUCCCUCUCCUCCCUGCUUUCUUCCCUUCUCCCCAGCUCCUCGCCCGCUCAGCCGGCCGCGCGUGCUUCGCCCACCGGCACACAGCCGCCGCUGCCGCCGCCGCCGCCGGCAGACACACACCCACACACAGAUGUCUCCCGGGCGCCCGGUCCGGCGCCUACUGCGAAACCCGGCGCCUGCUCGCCCAGGAAGCAGCCGCGAUCUCGUCCUAAACAGCGCGCCCACCUGGCAAAGCGCCCUCCUGCCACUGCGCCCUCCUCCGAGAAGAAACAACGCGAGGUCUCUUCAGCGAGACACUCAGUUUCUGUGCAGCGCUUCACGCAUUCACCUCGCUGCAGCCUGCACAGUGCCGAGCCGGCCACAAUAGUGCCUGAGGUACGAAAGUCGCCCGGCACUCCUCAAGAAGUACGCAGCGUAAGCAGUCCUCUACACACCUAA